GACUAAUGUCCAGAAAAAGUUUGCUAGAUCCGCGCUCUACAGAAUCAGUAAACUAUCGGAGCAGAAGUCGUAGAACACCCGCAAAGAAACGCCAAGUUUGAGUGCCGCCUAUCCAAACGCACGUGGGCACGAAGAUGGAUGUCGACAACGGCGAGGGGCAGGUGCAAGUGCACCUCAAAACCAAACAAGAACACUAUGCAGUGCCAGACGUUCCCUAUGCUAUCGAUGGAACAGUCACUACCGCGGAACUGAACACAUUCGUGAACGCCUUGCUUCUGAGCAAGGGCAGCUCUGCCGUGGAUUUUGAUUUUCUGGUCUUCGAUGAGUAUCUGAGGGGCCGACUGUGUGACCAUCUGCGGGAGAAGGCCAUUAGCUUUGAGGAUGCCAUAGAGAUUGAGUACGUAGAGCGCUUCCCCGCCCCAGAGCCGCAAGAUUGCCUGCUCCACGACGACUGGGUGUCGGCAGUGAAGGCCUCUGGCAAGUGGAUAUUGACGGGAUGCUAUGACAACACUUUGAACAUCUGGACCAACAAGGGCAAGCACAUUCUCACCAUCCCCGGUCACACGGCUCCCAUCAAAGCUGUGGACUGGAUUUCGCUAGAUGACGACACCGGUCGCUUUGUCUCCAGCUCACAAGACCAAACAGCUAUGUUGUGGCAGUGGAAUGUUGGUGCCAAUACUGUUGAAUGUGUUUCUGUGUGCAAGGGUCACGAGAGGGGCGUCGAUAGCGUCAGCGUCAGCCCAGAUGGACAGCGAUUUGCGACAGGGUCGUGGGACACCAUGCUGAAAGUGUGGUCAGCUGAGCUGGAAGAUGCAGGAGAAGGAACAUCGAAGCGCAUGAAGGAGAGCGGAGUUAGAACCCCAAAAAUCACUCUUCAGGGACAUCGCGAAAGCAUCUCUGCGGUGCAGUGGAUGGAUGCGAGCACCCUGCUCACAGGAAGUUGGGAUCACACGCUCAAGGUGUGGGACCUGAGCCUGGAAGGCAUUAAGGCCGAAAUAUCCACAAACAAGUCAAUCUUCGAUGCGAGUUACUCAAAACUAAAUCACCUCAUUUUGACGGCAUCGGCGGACAAGAAUCUGCGCCUGUACGAUUCUAGAACGAACCAGGGAUCUGUCGUCCGUAACACUUACCUGGGCCACAACGCCUGGGUCCAGACCGUGAUGUGGUCAACAACAGAAGAAUUCCUCUUCGUAUCUGGCUCGUACGACAAUCAGAACAAGCUGUGGGAUUGUAGGAGUCCAAAGGCUCCUCUUUACGAUCUGCUGGGUCAUGGGGAGAAGGUCUUGGACAUAGACUGGACCAACCCGAAGUAUAUCGUAUCCGGCGGCUCUGACAACACAGUACGUGUGUUUAAAUCACGGAAGGCAUUAGUAGAAAAUAUGGACACUAAGUAGUCACAUUCACAACCACUACUGCUUUUUAUACAAAAUUUAUAAAUACAACAUAAGUUUAAAAUAAAUAUUCCCUUCCGCAAGGGAAACUAUAGUUGGCUCGAUU